GUACGCACGAGUUUAGGCGGCACGCCGUCGCCACGGCUACGUGAAUACUGGUUUUGGGCGUGCGAGCAGAUCCGCCGGGGCUUCCGAAGUUUUCAGCAGACGACGCGCUUCGCGCCCUAGGCGCACUCUUUCCCAGCCAAAUCACGCGCAGACGACUUCACGCCUGCGCAUAAUCGAACCGUCGACGAACAAGAAAGAAAAGCGUCUGCCGUUAUCCCGCGCGGGACCAGUUGACUGAGCGCCUCUGGCAAAGACUGUCAAGAGAGUGUCGAGUGAAGUUGCGCGGCUUGACUUGCGAUUGUGUACCUCGGCGUCCGGGAAUUCACAAACCAAAAACAAAACUCGCGAUACGGUCGUCCAGGAGUCGUGUGGAAGAGGAGACGUCGUCUGCUUGGCAACAAGUUGGAUUGCGAUGACAACGGGUGCUGAACAGCCUCUGUGACAGCCGACGACACCAAAGCUCGGACAGAGCCACUGAAAACCCGGAACGAUCUGCACGUUUCCUGUCCCCGGCUCCGCGAUGAACUGGAAAUGGGUCCGCCUUGCCGUGCUCGUGGCAGUUAUAGUGCUCAUUGCUGUUAUCCUGUACCUGCUGCUGCACCGAGAUGCGUCUGUCUGCUACCCUGACACUCGUGGGGACACGUGUUACCAUGGAAACCAGGGUGCCUACCGCCUCUAUGGCACCAAGACCGACUACCGGGUCCUGGUCAAGAUGUACGAGCUGGACAAACAGCGCGAAUACAUCUUGCCGGGAUGCACAGCACGAGGGCUGUUCCUCUACAACCGUCACACCACACGCUACCCUGACCGAGAGGACAUUGUCAAGAUGGUGGAAGCUUUGCCUCGACUGCAGCGCGCUGUCUUGGACUCUGCAAACAACAGCAGGGUUCACCUAUGCGAGAAAGACAUACAGGCACUCUCCAACUGGACGAUGAAAUUCAAGCCUGACGACGACAACCAUGUGACAGAGUCGGGCAAGGAGAUCUCAGCCGAUCAAGCGAAGCGCUUCUUGACUCGGUUCCCGCAGCUCUUCAGCAAGUUCAACGCUAGUGACUAUGUGGUGGGCUUUACAAGUCGAGUCCGCACGCAGGAAACCGCAGAGGCAUUCCUCAAGUCUCUCCUUUCACAGCAGGAGUACGCCGAGGUUAAGAAAAACUUUCUCAGUCCGCAAGAUGACGUUCUGCAGUUCCACAAAGAGUGCAACAAACUCAUCAAGGACAAGGAAGACACCCCAGCUGCUGUAGAAGCCUUCGAAAAGGGGCCUUACAUGAAGAGACUGCUGGACAGGCUCAGCUGGCGGCUGGGCUUCAAUGUUACCAAAGGCGACCUGAAGAUGUUGCUGCGUGCGUGCAUGUUUGAGUAUUCAAUCUACGACCAGUCCCCCUGGUGCUCCGUCUUCACCGAGGACGACCUCAAGGCCGUUGAGUUCAAGGACGACUUGGACGACUACUACGAGGACGGCUACGGCGUCGAGCGCAACUACGCCCAAGCAUGCCCAGUUAUAAAGGAGCUUGUGGACCGACUUGAAAUUAUGGCCAGUGAUCCAAGCCACCCAAACAAGGUCCUCUAUUUUUCACAUGCGGGCGGAUUCAAGAAAGUGAUCGCACGUCUCGGUCUGAAACGCGACGCGAGUCCGCUCCAGGCCGACGGCCUGUGCACGCAGGCAAACCGGGAGUGGCGGUCAAGCCUGCUCUGCCCAUUCAAUGGCAACGUUGCAUUCGUCCUCUACAAGUGUACCGGAGGCCAGCACGAGGUCGUGACCUUUCUGAACGAGCAACCCGUAAACCUCCCUGGCUGCACUGAUCACCAUUGCCCCCUCGCGACCUUUGUGGACCGCUACAAGAAAUAUGCGAGUUCGUGCAACUUGACUCAGAUAUGCUCGGUGUGAGCUGUGCGCCGUCCACGAAACCACCAAAGACAAAAUCUUGAACUCGUGCCUCGACAGAGUGCAGUGUUAUGUUUGUUGACGUUUGCUGUAGUAAAACUGUGGCAUCUGGCUUUUUAUUUUUAAUUUUGUUCUAAUAUAUUCUGUAUCGUAAAAUGUUUUCGAAAAUGGUUGAUGUGUCAAAGUUUGCAUAAAACUUGUAUUAACAAUGGCUGAGCAAUGGAUGUCUCCUGAGCCAAGUUUUUGACAAGGGGACUUUGUUUUCGUCCAAAUAUUGAAGACUUGUUUGACCAAGACAGGUCCUGUUGUCAAAACAUCAGCUUUGACUUGUUCGUGUACCUCUGUCUUGUUUUCAUAAAAUUUUGGGCAUUUAUACCUUUUCAUGUGCAUUUCCUGUGCCACUGCUUGCCUUGACAAGAGACUUUAAAACAGCUUGUGUGCGAUGAUCUUGGCACCGUGUUUAUGUCCUACCUCUUGUGACAAAAACAUUGAGAUACCAUUUCUGGUCAUGACAACGGUAUGUGAAUUACUUUGUGUAUACCGUUUGCGCAUUUUGCACUAAAGACGUCACAAUAUUGCCUUAUACUUAAUUUCUGAGUAGUGUACAGAUUCGCAAUGUCACAGGGCUGGUAUAACGUAAGGAUUCAUUUGGCUGAAUUUUAUUCCUUUCUUUUUUUAUCAAGUGCCACUCACGAGCGGCCGAUUCUGAUGAUAGCUUAGUCCGAGAAUUGCUCUGACCACCUAAGAAAUGCAAAUAGAGAAAUAGAAUUGGAAUAAAAUUGUUACAUUAUUACAAUCCUGAAUGCUACUUGCAUAAUAGGAAACUAUCUUGUCUGCUUCAGUCAUGAGUCGCUUCUACGCUCGGAACUCUGCUUUUCCAUUAUUUUUGCAAAUCUGCAUCUCACUUAUCAGUACCGAAAAGACAGGCAGUAAGUUAGCAAAGAAAUACACAUUCCCAUGACACAUUGAAGAUUCUGUGUGUUAGGCAUGUUCACAUGGUAACUUCACCACUAUUUAGUAUUUAUAGUCUUGUACCAUCUUUCAUUACAGAAAAUUAGUAGCUGUACAACCCUCACCUGGUCACAUACUUGAUCAGAAAAGCAUUCCAUUAGGUUACUAUGUUGAUCCAUAUUACAAGCACUUAUCAUCCCAUUCACAUCACUGUUCUAUGUAAAACAUUGAGUUUCCUUUUUUGUGAUAAAAUUUUUUUUGCUUAGUGGAUGCUUCUGAAGAUGUGGCAAACUUCAUCAAAAUUUGCUGCAUCUUUCGGACUCUGUGCCCUUCGUACUUUAAACGCAUCUGUAACUUGUUUCCACUGAGAUGUGUUCUAGCAUAAUGAACUGUCUACAUGAGUGACAUGCUAAUCCCUCCCAACCUGUGUAAUGUGCCUUAAGAAGCUGUCAAAUAUUUUGCGAAGCAAUGGGCCUGUCAUUCUUUCUGGUGUCUUCGUUGUUGAAACACAACUAGCAGGUUGUCCAGCUUUAAUUCUUGGCAUGGCAGAACAAUGUGUUUAUGUUAUUAGCGUAGAAAUAACUCCACGCAUUAAAUUAAAUAAAGUUGUAUUUUGAUACCAA